AUGUUUGAGAAGAGGCAAACUGGAUCAUCUGAAGUGAGGGAUGGCCUGUCAGACUCACAGGAAGACGGAGACAAUGAUUAUGAUGACAGCAUUGCGGUGAUGCUCGAUGCUUUCGAUGUGUCUGAUGAAGACGAAGACAAUCCUCGAGAAGUUGGAAAUGACGAAUUUGGGGAUUCUACAACGAAAAAUAACAAGAAGCCUAUAAUUCAAUUUUCUAAAAUAUCGGAUAUUUUGUCUGUAUUUAGAAUGAUUUAUUUGUUGAGUAUUCUUCACCUUGGAUGCGUAUGGAUGAGACUUCCUGUAUUGAUGAGUGAUAUUCAUCGGUAA